AGCCAGGCAGUGAUGAUGCAUGCCUUUAAUCCCAGCACUUGGGAGGCAGAGGUAGGUAGAUUUCUGAGUUUGAAGCCAGCCUGGUCUACAGAGUGAGUUCCAGGACAGCCAGGGAUAGGGAUACACAGAGAAACCCUGUCUCAAAAACAAAACAAAAAGAUACAUUAAUUCAAUUAAUCAGGACUAUGUUCAUUUAGCAAGAUAAUAGUAAUGGGUUAUCCCAUAGAGCCCGUGACCCAUCUAGCCAUAGAUUCUUGGCCCAGCAAUGUGGGAUCACCUUGUGAAGUAGGACUUAAGUCAAUCACAAAUGGUUGGCUGCUCCCAUGAUGUUUAUGGCACUAUUGCUUCGGUGGGAUACUAGAGCGGUUGUCGUCACAGACUGCAGGAUUCACAGCUUGGUAAGACUGUGUGAAAGGUAGCCAGGAGCACUGCAGCUUCCAGGUCAGUACUUGCUUAGUUUCUCCAUGUCCCAUGACUCCAGUAUGCGGUAUAGUCAGCAACAGAGUCUCACUAUCAAGUUCGAGGGCAGCCAAGAACAGUGGUAGUAGCCUGUAAUAUUGGGACCUAGGGAAAUUCAGUGGCCAACGACUAAACAACCAGUUCCUGGUACUGGGCUUUUUAUUUAUUAGCCUCUGGUGUCUAGCAGGGGCAUUGUUGCCUCAUUACUGGGCAACUCUAUUUAAACGUUUAUUUUUGUCUUUAUUAUUGAUUUAUGUAUAUGGGUAUUGCACCUGCAUGUAUGUCUGUACCUCAAGAGCGCAGUGCCUGCAGGGGCCAGAAGGAUCCAAGCAGACUGUUGCAAGUGACCAGAGGUAUUGGGAAAAAGUCCAUGGAACUGGGUUCAAUUACCAGCAUCCAUAUAGUGGCUUAUAAUACCUGUAACCCCAGCCCUGGGGAGUUCUAGCCUCCAUGGCCACUGCAUGCUGGUGGUACACCCAUAUAUAGUUUUUUAAAAGAAUAUAACUCUCCACCCAGAGUGGAUGGAUAGAGCCUUUGAAGAGGCAUGCACAAAUAGAUAACAAAGGAGACAACAUUUGCGGGUGGGGUGCGGGGGGGUAAGGGAGACCUGCAGGUCAGAGAAAACCAACCUGCUGAGAAGGGGUCAGUGUGCGAAAGCUCUAGGAAUCCAAAGGAAAACAAAAAAUAUAGGGUUCUGAAGGUGGGAUGAUGGAGUGAACAGCAUAACCCUUCUGAGAGGCCAGGGAGGGUGCAGGAAGGACUGCCUUGGGAAGCCUGGGGUGAGGGCUUGCCAGCGCAGCCAGGAAUCCUAGGCAUGGGGAGUGAAUGGCUGCUCACCACCCGCAGGGAGUAAGGUGAAGAAGGUAAUGUCUGUGGGAGCAAGAAUGCACCAGGAGGAGUCAGGCCUCACGGGACAGCAGUCCCUCCAGGUUUUGCUUCGGUCGGAGGAGAUGUUUCCAGAUAGCUUAUGGAUACUGAAGGAAGUUACUACUCCAGACAUACACAGGAAAGGCUAUGAUGGAGAGAUACUGAGCCAAGGAAUCUUGCAGGAGGCCACGGUCACAAAAGUUUGUGUACAGUAGCUCCUGGGAGGAGAGAACAUGUGGGUAGCCCAGAGAGGUCAGGUGACAAUCCUAGAAGCCCCCACACCCUGGCCCAGCUCCACGGAUGCCGACAGUGGGUGAAGCAGUGAAGAUGCUAGGUACAAGCAUAUCCGCACUGGCUGGCGUCCCAUCACAGCGUGUAAAGGGGCGCCCCUGGGUCCGGGACAUGGCUGCAGUGAAGAGGCAUCCAGGAGCUUUGGAGAGGACGCCCCACGGCAUUUUUGUGCAGGCACUAACCUGGGAAAGAGGGUUCGGGCUUCCUUGCCCUUGCCUGCAACAGCUCACACGGCAGCCUCUGCGCCUGUGUGAAGACCAGGUCCGAGUGAGGAGCAAGAGAGCUGAGGUGUAGAACUAGAACCCUUUGGCUACCAGACACGAUCUAACCCCAGAGCGGGCGAUCCGCCUCUUUCUGUGCACAGGGCUAUGGGGGACCAGGGCUUGGCCCAACCCUGAUGCAAGGGGAUGGUCAAUAUGAACUCGGUUCGUUUCAUUUAAAAAAAAAAAUUUUUUUUUUCUGCAAGUCAUCGCCAACGCCGCAGCUACGUGGAGGGUGGGGGGGCUGGGGGCGGAGCCACGCCGCGGAGUUGCCGCAGGUAAACAGCCCCCCUCCCCGGCGGGAGCGGGCCGCGCGGCCCAGGCAGGAGAGCCGCCGCCGCCCCCGGGAGGGACGCAGGGCGCGGGCCGGCUACAGCGCACGGCGGGGGCGGCGGCGGCCCGGCGCCCUGGCAGCUCGACCCCUCUCGCGGGGCGGCAGACCCCCGAGCCCCGCCGCAUCCCCGCUGACAUCCCUCUUCCAGCGCUCCGCGCCCCCCCCCCCCACCGUGACCUCGGUCUCCGUCGCCCCCCGCCGCCCUCUCUGGCGCGCGGCCCCGCCCGCGCCCCCCGCCCGUACCCCGCCGGGCCGCGCCCCCGCCCCCCAUGCACCACCUCCUGGAGCAGUCGGCGGACAUGGCGACCGCGCUGCUGGCGGGCGAGAAGCUGAGGGAGCUGAUCCUGCCUGGCUCGCAGGACGACAAGGCGGGCGCGCUGGCCGCGCUGCUGCUGCAGCUCAAGCUGGAACUGCCGUUCGACCGCGUGGUCACCAUCGGCACCGUGCUGGUACCCAUCCUGCUGGUCACCCUGGUCUUCACCAAGAACUUCGCAGAGGAACCAAUUUACUGUUAUACUCCGCACAACUUCACCCGUGAUCAGGCGCUGUACGCCCGCGGCUACUGCUGGACAGAGCUGCGGGACGCGCUGCCCGGCGUGGAUGCCAGCCUCUGGCCAUCGUUGUUUGAGCACAAGUUCCUGCCCUACGCGCUGCUGGCCUUUGCCGCCAUCAUGUAUGUGCCCGCGCUGGGCUGGGAGUUCCUCGCCUCCACGCGCCUCACCUCGGAGCUCAACUUCCUUCUUCAGGAGAUCGACAACUGCUACCACCGAGCGGCCGAAGGUCGCGCACCCAAGAUUGAGAAGCAGAUCCAGUCCAAGGGGCCCGGCAUCACGGAGCGCGAGAAGCGAGAGAUCAUUGAGAACGCCGAGAAGGAGAAGAGCCCGGAGCAGAAUCUGUUUGAGAAGUACCUGGAACGCCGGGGCCGCAGCAACUUCCUGGCCAAGCUGUACUUGGCACGGCACGUCCUGAUCCUGCUGCUCAGCGUGGUGCCCAUCUCCUACCUAUGCACAUACUACGCCACCCAGAAGCAGAACGAGUUCACCUGUGCCCUGGGCGCCUCACCUGACGGGCCGGUGGGUAGCGCUGGGCCCACGGUGCGCGUCAGCUGUAAGCUACCGUCUGUGCAGCUGCAGCGGAUCAUUGCAGGUGUGGACAUCGUCUUGCUCUGCUUCAUGAACCUCAUCAUCCUAGUCAACCUCAUCCACCUCUUCAUCUUCCGCAAGAGCAACUUCAUCUUCGACAAACUAAACAAGGUGGGUAUCAAGACGCGCCGGCAGUGGCGCCGCUCGCAGUUCUGCGACAUCAACAUCCUGGCCAUGUUCUGUAACGAGAACCGCGACCACAUCAAGUCGCUGAACCGGCUGGACUUCAUCACCAACGAGAGCGACCUCAUGUACGACAAUGUGGUGCGGCAGCUUCUGGCUGCCUUGGCUCAGUCUAACCACGACACCACGCCCACUGUGCGGGACUCUGGCAUCCAGACCGUGGACCCCAGCAUCAACCCUGCGGAGCCUGAUGGUUCUGCUGAGCCACCCGUGGUCAAGCGGCCCCGUAAGAAAAUGAAGUGGAUCCCCACCAGCAACCCGCUGCCACAGCCCUUCAAGGAGCAGCUGGCCAUUAUGCGCGUGGAAAACAGCAAGACUGAGAAGCCCAAGCCCGUGCGCAGGAAGACAGCCACAGACACACUUAUUGCCCCGCUGCUGGACGCUGGUGCCCGUGCUGCCCACCACUACAAGGGCAGUGGAGGUGAUUCAGGCCCCUCCUCUGCCCCGCCUGCUGCCUCUGAGAAAAAGCAUACCCGCCACUUCUCCUUGGACGUGCAUCCCUAUAUCCUAGGUACCAAGAAGGCCAAGACUGAGGCGGUACCCCCUGCCCUACCAGCCUCCCGCAGCCAAGAAGGUGGCUUCCUGUCCCAGACAGAGGAAUGUGGGCUGGGCCUAGCUGCAGCACCCACCAAAGAUGCUCCACUCCCCGAGAAGGAAAUCCCGUACCCCACAGAGCCUGCCCUGCCAGGGCUCCCAUCUGGGGGAUCAUUCCAUGUCUGCUCACCCCCCGCAGCCCCCGCCGCUGCUUCCCUGUCACCAGGCAGUCUGGGCAAGGCUGACCCUCUCACCAUCCUGAGCCGGAACGCCACUCACCCCCUGCUCCACAUCAGCACGCUGUAUGAGGCCCGGGAAGAGGAGGAAGGAGGCCCCUGUGCCCCCUCAGACAUGGGCGACCUCCUCAGCAUACCCCCGCCCCAGCAGAUCCUCAUCGCCACCUUCGAGGAGCCGAGAACAGUUGUCCUGUUUCCCAAGUGCCACUGACCGUAGACUAUCCAGACAGUGGCUGUGUGCGUGUGUUGCCCCGGAGCUUAUGCAGAGCCGCAGUAGACAUGGGAAAGGCUGGGCGCACUGGAUCCAAGGGGCUGGCUCUUUGGGAGAACUGAAGCCAAUAAAGCAGCCACUUCUCA